GCACAACGCCGAUUGGAGGUAAAUAGAAAUGAGACAGUUAGCCGUCACGCGCUGCCGGCAACGCACGUGCGGUGAGCGUCAUGUUUCGCGUGAUCACAGACGGCUGGAAGCGGUAUUGGUGGGGAACAGGUAUCUUGCCGGACAGAAGCAAUCGAGUUGAAGAUGUAUAUCUGCGGUUUUAUAACGGCAGCACAGUCGAGGACUAUGUGGACUUCCCCCUGGACCAGGCCAGCCGCCUCUUCGAGAUCAAGGGCUUCGACAAGAACAACCCCACCGUGCUGUACAUCCACGGGUUCAUCGAGACCGCGCAACAGGAAAGCGUCCAGGUGAUGGUGAGCGCGUACUUAGAGUGCAGGCCGGGAACCAACGUGGUGCUCCUGGAUUGGUCCAACAUGUCCCACGGGUCGUACUUAGUCAAUGCUGUCAGGAAUUCGAAAAAGGUAGGGUUGGCAGCAGCGGAGAAGCUGAACACGCUGUUGGAAGGCGGUCUGAUGUUGGACCGGCUCCACGUGAUAGGACACUCCCUGGGGAGCCACGUGGCGGGGUACGCGGCUAGGGAACUGAAGGCGAAAUAUAAUAAAACCAUUAAAAGAUUGACAGCCCUCGACCCCGCCUUCCCCGCCUUCUACCCCGACGGGGUCGUGAUGGAGCACGUCUCGGCCAAGGACGCGGAGUUCGUGGACGUGAUCCACACGGACGCGGGCGGCUACGGCGCGCCCGUGCGCACCGGCAGCGCCGACUUCUGGCCCAACGGGGGGAAGAGCGUCCAGCCGGGGUGCCCGCGGUUCGCGCCCAUACCGCUCUCCGAAGAUAACCUGUGCAGCCACUGGCGCUCGUGGCGCUUCUACGCGGAGUCGGUGCGCCGCCCCGCCGCCUUCCCCGCGUCGCCCGCCGCCGGCUACCAGCGCUUCCGCGACAACCCGGCGCCCGAGCGCGGCAUGGUCUACAUGGGCGUCAACUGUGAUACUAGUGCCCAAGGAUCUUAUUACCUGACGACGAACGGUCAAAGUCCGUUCGGGAAGGGCAUCGAGGGGCUUUAUCCCAAGGGGAGGAAGCACGAGAACAAUUCCAAAUAAUGUACCUGUUACCUUAGUCUACCUUACUUGCCUAAUGUGAACCCCCGUUACUGUUAAUGCACUGGACAUUAUGAAUGUUUAGAAUGAGAGAACAAAAAUAUCAGAAUUAAACGAUAUCUCGAAUCUUGAGAUCAUAAAAAUCCAACUUUCUAGGUAAUUUACUUUCUGGGUAUUUCUACAUUUUUGAUGACCAACUUCCUUCAUCAUCGUAAAAUACUUUUUUCUUUCUAUCUUUUUUUAAUUUUUUCUUAAGCUGUAGUAAGUGAUAUUUCUAUAUUAACUAUUUAUAUUGCAAUGUGACCGAUGAUGGUCCGAUACAUUAUGUGGACCGAUCUAUCAAUCGUUAAAAGAUUUAAUAGUGUAUCAGUAGAACUACUUACCAAUAAAUUAUUGAAAAGAAAUAAUCAAUGAAAGAUUUAUAAGUCAAUGAAUACAGGAAUUGAAAUUUAUCAAUCGAUAGAUCUGUUAAUCGAGUUUGCGAAACUAUGCCGUUCAUUAUAAAGAUGAUAUGUCCAGUGCAUUUACCAGUAAUCAGGGAUUAUAGCUAAUAUUAUAUUAUGUAACGCAGGCUACUAUUAUUUGUACUUGCGUGUGAACCCAAUUUGUCUAUGGUUCUGAAUGUGUUUGUUUAUUUUUGUUUAAAUCUUUAAGCCUGGUGUGGACCGUUGAGUGUUGUUCAUAACAACUUACUUAUUUUUGCAAAAGGAACGAUUUUUACAUCGAAUUUCUUGGCGAUUCAACAAAUGGGACUGGAAUAACUCCAAGGUGUCCGAGGUCAGACGGGAGUCGCUUCGUGUAAAAAUGUACAUGACCCAAUAGUUGACUGGUACAUAAUGCUUCCAGCAUUAAGACCGCCAAUUGUGCUAUUCAUUUGUAUUUUGUACGAUUAAGCUUUAAGUAAAUAAAUAAAUAAAAGCCUGACUCACCCAGUGCAGGGUCAGGGUCAAUGGCGUCUCCGGAGAGGUGUGGACACAAGCAGGACUAACCAGGAGAAAGAUGAUGAUGAAGAAAUUACUUCAUUGAAAAUAACCCCAUUUUACAAAUUAUCUAAUUUGUAAUUAAGUAUGAUAAUAUCAUCACAAUAUGAAUGACAUAACUGAUUUGAAACAUUCGUGUUGCAUUAUACUAUUUAUAAAUACUACAGGUAUUAAACGCGCACGUAACAAACCUUUAUUUAUCUCGGACGUUUGAAAUCAUGUUACAGUGAUAGGAGGUCACCGAGCGACUAAUAAUAAUUAGUAAGAAUCCAUAUCUCAAUUCUAUCACUAAGCCAAACAGCUGAGCGUGGCCUAUCAGUAUUUUCAAGACUGGUGGCUCUGUCUACCCCGCUAGGGAUAUAGACGUGAUCAUAUGUAUGUAUGUAUGUAAGAAUCCAUAUCUGAUUGAAGUAUGUUUAUAAAAAAAUAUGUAAAUGCUUAUGUAAAAUAGUUUGUACUUAAUUUUAUUUGUAUAUCGAAUGUAAGUUUAUAAAUACGAGUAUGUCAACCAAACUUGCCACUAGAAUGAGUAUUUUUAUGGUCGUCAACAUUUUUUAUAAUCGUAAUAUAAUGCACUAUCAUCACGUAGGGAAUGCUUAUAGACAUAUAAAACUAUAACAGGAGAUAAAUGUUUUUUUUAAUCCAAAGGAAUACCUACUGAAAAAGGAUUUUCUUUAAUUCCCACGGUAGCGGGAAUAUCGCUAUUCGUGCAUACGAUGUUUCGAAAACAAACUAUUGUUGUUCAUAAAAUUUACUUACCUUCAAAAACCUGUCAAUUCGUCUUUUUUACGAAGAUUUGGUAAAAAUCCUAAUUAUAUGAUAAAUUUUGGUAAGUUUGUAUUUCCGCUACCUCUAAAGCUAGAAUUACAUAAACUAAUUUCAUCACAGGUUGAAGUGUUCAAUUAGUGUUUAAUAGUUGAAAUGAAAUAUAAGUAUAGAAAUCUGAAUAGUAUUUUGAUUCAGAUUAAAAAUCACUUUAAUUACAAAGUUACUUUUACUGACACAAUUACUUCUUAUAGCGUGAUAGAUUAACUGACAUAUUAAUUUAGUUGUCAUGAAAAGUAUAACAGUUACAAUCGAUUUAUUUGGUAUAAGCAUAGAAUUCGGAAUAAUAUAAGUCUAUAGAAGUGGUAAAUGUGACAUCACAAGUUUAAUAGAAGAAGCUUCGUGUAAAAACCUGACUCUCCCAAUCUAAGAUCCAUGGUUAAAGGUAUGGCCCGGGCUCUUCUCCAGAGAGGUGAGGAUGUAACCGGAACUAAAGUCAGGAGGAAGAAGAUUAUAAUUGCACGAGUAAGGACAGCGUCACCAUCAUAACACAUUUUUUUUCAUCACUCUGAACUUUCAACUCCAGAAAAAAUCUUGUUUAAUACAAAAUAUUGCCAAGUCAUUCUUAUAGUUUCAAAUUCAAUAUGGCAUUUCUAUGGACUCAUAUUUUUUCCGAUUUCUAUGGGUAAGAGUGAAUAAUGGUAAGGUACAUUACCCCAUUUAGAUUUUAAGUAGGGUUGAGUGGAUCAUUAGCUUUAAACACGUUUGUACCUAGGUUUACAUGUACACAAUAACUUAUGAUAAAAUUGUAUGUGUAGUUAGUGAAAAUUAUUGUUUAUUACAAUUUUAUUGUUUGACAGUUAUCACAUUUUUAUUGUAAGUAGUAUUAAUUGUAAGAUAAUUGGUAGGAACUGUUUGGCACAUCCCGUUGCUAUUUUCAAUAGUUUGAUGUAUCAUUCGUAUAUAUUAUCUUAUCCUAGGCAGUAUCUACAUUAGAUUAAAAUAUAUUCUGGUAAAAUUUCUAUGGGACCAAUAUGAAAGUAUCAUUUCGUAACCCGAGCAGGCAAACUACAUAAAAACCAAAUUUAUCCAAAAAAAAUAGUUUUAUACGUUCAAACAUAAUUUACUUCACAACACGUAGGUACUUUUGACACGCACAUACUCUCCUCACUAAAGUAUAAAAAUGUAUAAGUUUGUAUAACUUAAAUAUGAUACAUACUUUGACCCAAAUUGCCUAACAAAAAUUGUAUCACAAUAUAUUUUUAAGUAUUUAUAGG